AUGGAUAAGUAUGGCAGGAAUAAAUUGGCUACUGAGGUUGCUCAGUUGAAACAACGCAUACAUGAACUUGAAACAAAAUGCAUUGCCAGAACACUUGAAACAAGCAACAGGGUGUAUAGACCACCGGGUCUAAACGUCCAAGAUUUUAGUCUGAAACCUGGUAUGGACAAAGACUACCAGUGUAUAUCUGAGGUUAUGCCGAAAGAUACUGUGUACAUUACAGUUUUGCGUGAACCAGUAGUAAUGUAUGAAUCAGGAUUUACAUACAUGCAUCUUGGAAAUCGUUAUCACUUAAAUGAUACCAAUGCUCUGGAAAUGUUUCUUCGUGAUCCAGACGGAUAUUUUUUAUCUAAUUCUAACAAAGGCCGUGUGAAGAACCCAAUGCUGUAUGAUUUAGGUUUUGACCCUAUUCAUAUGUAUAAUAUGACUAAAAUAAACAUGAAAAUACAAGAACUCGAUAGAAUUUUCAAAGUCGUGCUUAUCGCAGAAUAUUUCGAUGAAUCUUUAAUAUUAUUGAAAGAAAUUAUGUGUUGGGAAAUGGAAGAUAUUGUUUACUUCAAACUGAACUCACGAGAUAAGAGUUCUGUGCAUAGAAUAUCGCCAGGUAUGGCCAAACAGAUUCGCAAAUUUAAUGCAGGUGAUGUUAAACUUUAUAACCAUUUUAAUGAUUUACUACAGAGGGCGAUUAAUAAGUUCGGUAGAAAGAGAAUGGCAGUUGAAACUGCUAAGCUCAAACACCGAACACACGAAAUUGAGACGAGAUGUAUUGCGGGAACAGUACUUAACAGUGCCAGAGUAUUUAAACCAGCUGGAAUAAAGGUUCAGGACUUUAAUCUCAAACAAGGAAUGGAGAAAGAUUACCAAUGUACAUCCAUGACUCUUCCUGAACUGAAGUACACUGAUAAAGUUCGGGAACAUCUGUAUUCAAAAAUAAGAAAUUAUACUGACGAACACUCGCCAGAUGUGGCAUAG